AUGCCAUAUAAAUUUGAUCGUCUUCCUUGGGAAAUUCUACAUCAAAUUUUUGAUUUUUUGAAUACAACUGAUCUUUUACAUGCAUUCAAUGGAACUAAUCCAUAUUUAGAUAGUAUACUUCAAUCAUAUCAUCGUAUUCAACUUAAUUUUAAAUCUAUAAAAAAAUCACUAUUCCAUUAUAUAUGUGAACGUGUUUAUCCUGAACAAAUACAAUCUCUUGUUCUUUCUAAUGAUGAACAUACUCCAAAACAAAUUCAAUUGUUUAUGUUACAUUUACCAUUGAUAAAUUGUAUUAAUCUUCAAUCAUUAACUAUUCAUGGAAUAGAUGAUGCGAAUUUACUUUGUUUAAUGAUAUCAUAUCUUGAAAAUCAUACCAAACUCAAUUUCCUAUCAGUUUCCAGUCAAUCAAUUCAAAUAAAUAAAAAACUAUGCCGUAGUAUCAUGGAAACUUUAACGACUUUAUCUUCUUUGAAAUAUUUAACAUUUCUAAAUAGUUCAACAUUAACUUGUCUUCGACAACCAUUAUCUAAACUUACUCAUUUGACAAUUCAUUCUUGUUCAUAUACUGACUUAGCAAAUAUUUUUCGAUGGAUUCCAAAUCUCGUUUACCUUCAGAUAUCAGUGUCAUACGAUCAAACCAUGCCAAAAUUUGAUUAUAUUCCACCACAUUUAAAUUCUUUGAUAAUCGAAUCAAAAAGUUGGAUAUUAUUUCAUCAUCUUGAGAAUCUCUUUUCGCUGACUUCAUCUCUGGAACGUCUCGUAUUAGAAACGUAUGGUGAACCAACAUUACUUCAUGGUCAACGAUGGGAAUCAUUAAUUAAAAACAAAUUACCACAUUUAAAAGAUCUUGCAUUGAACAUUAUGCCAGAAGAAAAUACUAUGACUGCUGAUGAAGUUCUUACACCAUUUCAAACUCCAUUUUGGACAAAAGAAAAACACUGGCAAAUGGGUUGUUUCAUGUCUACUAGUAUUCAAUCAUGUGCAAGGUUAUUCUCUGUACCUCAUUUUGCACCUUUUGAAGAUUGGUAUCCACUGAAUCAAGGAUUUUCUAAUCAUUUAUUGAAUGACGCUCGUUCAUUAAAUCCUUAUCCAUUUGAUGAUAAUUGCAAACAUUUAAAAAUAUAUCAUUUGCCAACACCGGUUGCUGUUUCACUACCUUUCAAAAAUAUUCAAACUCUAUCGAUUCAAUGUACUGCUGAUAAUAUUGAUCAGUUACGAAGCAUUCUUAAUCUAUUAUCUAUUCAUCAUCUUAUUAUUGAUUAUUUGAAAGGAUCUCCAGUAUUUCAUGAUCUUAUACAAGCUGCACCAAAUAUUUCUCAAUUAACUAUGAGAGGCCAAGCAUUAACACAUAUUCUUGAUUCACUUUCAAAUAAUGAACAUACAUAUGAACAAAUUAAAAAUUUACAUGUAAAAGAUGUUAUUCAUAGAAAUGAUAUUGAUCAAAUCUGUCGAAUAUUUCCUAAACUAGAACAUAUUUCUUUACAUGUUAAAGAACGAAAUGAUAUUCUUCCGAUAUUUGAGAAACUUCAUCAUCUAAUAAGUACAACUGUUCAAUGGUUUUAUUCUAAUCGUACAUCGUUGUCAGUCAUGGAGGAAUUUCUGCAAGAAAAUAACAUAUGUACGGAUGGAGCAUACGAAUUUUUUGCUUCUUCACUUAAUCUAUGGAAUGAUUAA